AUGAGCACGCUAUCGAGUCCAAAGGCCUCGGAGCCACGACGGAAGCGUUCUCGCGCGGAGUCCGACUGUACCAUGCAGUCAGAGGAUGCAUUCAGCCGGGACGGGCGGUUCUGGUACGACGACGGGAACAUCAUCAUCAUCGCUCAAGGUAUCGGGUUUCGCGUGUUCAAGGGCCUGCUCGCCGCAGAAUCCGAUGUAUUUCGCGACAUGUUCACUCUCGCCAAACCUGCUCCGGAUCUCUCGCGGGAACUGGUCCCGGACGACUGUCCCGUUGUCCACGUCACGGAUACCGCGGCCGAAAUUCGUUCGCUCCUGGCAAUGCUUUUGGGUGGUAGACAGUACAUGCGACGCGUCAAGUUCGAAUUUGACGAUGUUGCGAAUUGCAUGCGUCUCGCGCACAAAUACGGCAUUCAGGACUUGGUCGAGGAUUCACUGGAGGAACUGAAGCGAUAUUUUCCGGAGGAUUUUGAAUCCUGGGAGAAGAGCCUCGUCUGUGAUCAACUCACAAAGGCUAUCACCGCCGUGAACUUGGCACGUCUCACCAAUAGUCUGUCGAUCCUCCCCGCUGCUCUAUACCGCUGCUGUCUAUUGUCGGGCAAACAACUUUUGGAAGGAAGGGUGUACAUGGGUGCUCUUGUGGACGCAUUGAGCUCCGAGGAUCUUGCGCGGUGCAUCGAUGGAACGGCAAAGCUCUGCACGCUCAACGUUCGAUCUGCACAGGAGCUUUUCGCUCCCCUCGAGAAUGCGGACUGUGUAGUCUCCGGUGGUCGGUGCAAUGCGUCUAUUGCCACUAUACGGUCAGAAUGGGUUGAAGGCAUUCGGCGGGGUAGCUGUGAUGUCCUUGAUUCCUGGGGUCAGAUCAUCUGCAGUUAUGAUCGGAAAAAGAAACCAAAACCGACCUCGCCUCUUUGCGGAUCAUGUAUCUCCCUACUCAAGCACAGAGACGUGGAGAUACGCAAGAGGGUUUGGUCAAACCUACCGGAGAUACUGGAAUUGAAGGAGAGUGUCGAGGAAGCGAUGCCUCAGGAUGAUACCUGA